UUCCAAGCUGUACUGAGAGAAAACAUCUCGCAAAUAAAAAAUAUUUAUUCAUACCAACACGCAUAUUUUUAUACUGAGGAGACAUUCUUUCCCUCCAAAUGGAGGAAAUAUACAUCUCUUUAAAUACAUCUCUUUAGCUUCUCUCUCGUGAAGGUGAGGUUGUUCAUUCGAGACAAAUAAAAGACUUUCAAUUUGAAUAGAUGUCUUAUCGGUGGUCACCGAGAAAAUAUCUUUUAUUGUUUAGUAGACAUUUUCCGCUCUCAGCGUAAAGUUGAAUAUAUCCGCGGAUGGAGCCGCGGCGGAAAAGCCCAAAGCACGUCAAGUUCCCGCUUAGCGGCGUGGCUGAUUAGAAGCUCUCCUCGCGGAAUGUUCCGUUAGUUCAAGUGCAUUAUCGACGUAAGCUUGAGCGCUUAGCGGCGACCACAUGCCAUAUUUUGCCGUGUUCAGAUACGCUUUUACAAAAGCGCACCUGCUUACAGUUUCCGACCUGCUAUCGCGAAAUUGCCGAGUCAUCCUUCGAAGAAUGUUCAAACGCAUUCCGCGACUACGAGUUUACAGAGUCGUGAUGAAAGAGAGAAAACGCAAAUAGUUGCGGGUGGAUUCGCGCCAACUGCGCGCAACUUGGCGCGCGAAUACACAGGGUCCAUGCAAUAAUUAAUGGAUCCUAAGUCUUCAUCGCGUUAUCGUUAUCGACGCGGCGUAAAUAUCACGGCCCCGCGCGGCACUCGUAUUUAUACGAGGUAUAUCCAGAAAGUAAGAAUACAAGGGCUGUAUAAGACGUAGGGAUUUUUUUGUUGCAAAGUUGGCACCCGUGACGUGUAGAGGGGUUCGUAACGGUCAAAAUAAGCCAUCGAGCGCCUCAGUCAGUUACGAAAUGUCGUCGCAGCAGCCUAAUACGUCAACCAGUGCGUCCUCCGUUCGCUCCACCUACAGCAGGUGUGAGAUUCGUUCAGUCAUUCGGUUCCUCACUUCAGUCUCAUUCUCUUCAGUCUCAGUAUGACAGUCUCUGCAGUGGCGCCAUACCCAGUCUCCAUUCUCCAAAAAAUUCAAAGUUCAAUCUUCAGAGAGGAAAAUCAUGGCGUCUGUGUUUUGGGACCGGAAAGGGCUCUUGUUGGUCGAUUUCAUGCCUAAACGGACCACCAUCAAUGCUGCUGCAUAUUGACAACGCCAGACCCCAUACCGCCCGGCUCACUCAAGACCUGCUCGUGUCGUUUGGAUGGGACAUUGUGACUCACCCACCCUACUCCCCUGACCUGGCACCCUCGGAUUACCAUCAUUUCAAUAAAUUGAAGGAGUUCUUGGGUGGACAGCGCUUUUCGAACGAUGAGGAGGUCAUGCAGACUGUGACAAAGUGGCUUCAGGAGGUGGAGCGAACGGUAUACGACGAGGGUAUACAAAAGCUGGUGGCCAGGCUUCAAAAGUGCAUUGACCUCAACGGCGAUUAUGUGGAGAAAUAAUAACAUAUUUUGGCACAUACCAUGUAAAUUUCAAUAAAAUAUAUUCAUUUUUCGAUUUUAAACAAUUAUUGUUCUUCUUACUUUCUGAAUGUAUCUCGUAUAUCCCGCGUGUUAUCACCACGAGCGCAGGAAGAACUACCCGUUUCGACCGACGUUUGUCGCGCAAACACGCAAAUCGCUAAUUACGUUAAUAGUAAUAACCGUAACGCGCGCACGGCGCCUCCUCCUCCCUUCGUUAGACUUUCCACCGCGUUGCCGGGCUCGUUAAUUUGUUACAGCGCACAAAGCGGCGCAACCGCGGAAUAAUGAGCGUUUACUUGCGAACGGUGACUUCCUUCCUGUGGCUUUUCGCGAAUCGUCAGUUGUGCGUCGCGCGGGAAAAAGAAAUCACGCCGCAAAUGCCAGGAUUGCCUCCCUGAAUUGCUAAAGUGACCGUUGUCGCGCAGCCGCAUAACAGUAAAUCGAGCAAAAUCGCGCGAAACAUCCCGAUUCGGGAGAGUCUUUCGUACUCGUCCCGCAGCUUCCCCUUUGCAAACUGAGUUAACCGUACGCUUCCGAGAAAUUUAAUCGUCGCAUCAACGUAAAACACUCUCGUGCCCAAUUGUCGAGACCAUAACGAAUCGCGCGAGACGAGGGUCCCGGAUAUGGAGAAGGGUGGAACAUGAGUUAUUCAUCUCGCAAUUUUCUGAAUAAAUUCUGCCCGGAGAAAAGUCUCGAGCUUUUUCUCUCGUUCUUGAGAACGAAAGCGGUUUAUCCCGUGAAUUCAUCUUUGAGGUUUUGUGGAAUGGUCACGUGGAAUCGCCAUCUUUUCUCGAGGUUGUGUUCGAGUGACCGAAUGAAGGGAAAAUUUGCAUCGCUCGACUCUGCCGAGCGAUUUCGCCGGUCGAGCAACGCAAAUUCAAAUUCAUCGGCCGAAUCUCCGAAAUAUUCGGCAAUCACGUCCACUUUGUUCCUUUCUCUCUCUCUCUCUCUCUCUCUCUCUCUCUCUCUCUCUCUCGAGCGCGCAAAUUCGACGGUUCCGUGCGAUCUUGACUGCACAACCGCGGAAUUCGCGAGGCGCAUACCGACGAUACUGCAUCGAAAGCCGCAAACGAAAUAUAGCAGCGCGAGCACACGCGGACAAAUAACCGCGAAUACUUAUUUCUCCCGCGUGUCACGCGAGGCAAUAAUACCGUACGACGCACGAUAGGAUCUCUCAUUCGCUAAAUAUAAUUUUCCCGCUUUGCGCGUACGUGACCUCGCCAAAGUGGUAAACAAAAUCAGUUUGUCGACACAGCAGCGAGGUA